AUGCAUUUGUGUCAAUGCCCUUACAGGAAAUUAGGCCUGGAGCUGGUGCCACGACGCGGUGCCGAAGCGGUCGAGCCAGAAGAUAUAAGCCUCGUGGAGCUCUACAGAGUACACGUCGAGAGCGCGGAAAGGGCCGCAGCAGUAAGUACGAAUUGGCGCGGCACACUACGCCGCGCCGGCGGCUCCGGGAGCAGCUUCAACUCUGGCACGCUCACGAGCGGCGCCGCCACCGCCACCGCCACCACCGCAACCGCCGCCGUCCAGUCGCACCACCUGAUGUGCAGCAUGCGCGACUUCGGCCACACCGCCGGCGGCGACGAGGCGGAGCUGCUGCUGUGGCUGCACGACGCCCGCCGCGCCCAGCCGCUCUCCGAGCGCUUCAGGGUCAGGAUAGCGCGCGACGGCUUCUCCAACUACGUGGACCGCUUGCACGCGAACAGCACCCUGUUUUCGGACCUCUCCAGCACGGACCUGUCGCGCGAGCUGUGGCUCGUGGCGUGGGUGGUGCGCGUCGGUCGAUGGGCGGGCGCCGGCUGCGGCACCGCCGAGCGUAGAGGUCCGGUGGCGCGUCGGCCCCUCGGCGCUGGGGUGCUGCCCCUCGCCGAGUUCCUGCGCCAGCCCGCUCAACACCCCGCCGAGAGGGAGUACACCUUCAAGGUAUACCAAUGUGAAGAGAAAGAUUUUCACCAACUACACGACAUGCUAAUACGCAAACAAACGAACAAGUGCAACAUAUUACCGGGGCAGCCUAAUUAUGGAAUCGUGGUGGCGCUCAGGUUGCUCACGAACGCCGCCAGCAUAUCGGAGGCGGUCGGCUCCGGGGCAACGGUGACGCCGAAGCGGGGCUUCCCCGACGUCAUAAUGCCGGGCGACGUCCGCAACGACCUCUACCUGACCCUCGAGAGGGCGGAGUUCGAGAGGGGCGGCAAGAGCACCGCGAAGAACGUCCUCGCCACAGUCAGCGUCCACGACGACACGGGGCUCGUGAUCAACGAGUGCGUGUGGGGCGCGAGCGGCGCGGGCGCCACGUGCUACGAGUCCCUGGUGCUGUACCACAACAACAGCCCCGCGUGGGGCGAGCAGCUGCGCCUCACCGUCCCCUUGGACGUGUUCACGCACGCGCACGUGCGCAUCGAGUUCCGACACUGCUCCACACGGGAUAAAAAUGAACGGAAACUUUUCGGUUUCGCCUUCGCAAGACUUAUGGAAGCAAGUGGAGCGACACUAAGGGACGGUGCACACGAGCUAUAUGUUUACAAAUGCGACGAUCCCUCUAAGCUGCAGGGCGGCGGCUACCUGGCGCUGGCCUCCUGCGCCGGCGACACCGCCCGCGCCCCGGCCAACGGCCAGCUGCCCACCUUCCAGCGCAGCUCCAAGGAGAACUGCACCAUCAGCACCCUGCUAUGCUCGACCAAGCUCACGCAGAACGAGGACCUGCUGGCGCUGCUGCAGUGGCGCGCGCGGCCCGAGAAGGUGCAGGAGACCCUGCUGCGGGUGCUGCGCCUCGGCGACGGCAUCAGCUGCGAGGAGCUCAUCAAGUUCCUGCGGGACGUGCUGGACGCGCUAUUCGCGCUAUUCUCCACUGAGGACGGCAACAGCACACCACACUCUGGAACGGUAUUUCUGGUGCUAGUAUCUAUAUGCAGUCUGCUGGAUGAAAGCCGAUUCCAGCAUUUUAGACCUGUUUUGGAUGUGUACAUUGAGGAGCAUUUUUCCGCUGCCUUGGUUUACAAGGGCCUGCUGUCGUCGGUGCAGCACUGCGCGGAGUGGGCGGCGGGCGCGGAGGGCCAGGAGCCGAUCCGCAAGUGCCUGCGCUCGCUGGGCGCCGUGUUCCGGCUGGCGGUGCGCUCGCGGCGGCUGUUCGCGCGCGCCACCGGCGGCCAGUACGAGGAGAGCUUCCGCCGCGACGUGCGCGCCGCGCUGCACGCGCUGCGCUCGCUCGCCCACCACCCGCACAGGGACCACCUGGCGCCCGCGCAGGUGGCCUUGAUGACGUCAUGGGCGAGCGUGGCGAAGGAGGUGGCUUCGGCCCUGGGCCCCGUGGAGGCGGCGCGCGUGACGGCCUCGAUGCUGGACGCGGCGGCGGCUAACGCUCCCCCAGCGCUUGCCAAGGCCAGGCUGGUCGCCGCGCAAGAGAUACUCAAGGGCCCGCUUGGACAGGACCCGGAGGCGCGCAACAUCGUGCUGACGAGCGCGUGCCACCACCUGCGCGUGCACCUGGCGCGGCGCGACGAGCUGGCGCAGUGCGCCGACAUGCUGGGCGAGCUGGUGGCGCUGCUCUGGCGGCGGGAGGCGCCCGCGGACGAGCUCGACCCCGACGUGGACGUGCUCUGCCUCAACGCGCUCGACGUGCUCGUCGAGACCGUGCUGCACCUCAUCGGCGGCAACUCGCCGGUGCUGGGUUCGAUGGUGGCCGGUUUGCUGGGGACGAUGGAGUUGCUGAAACCGGCGCACUACCAGAGACUGUGGAGUCACCUCGCUCCUCACCCGCAUGACCGCAAACCCCUCAAGGAUUUCCUGAUGCGAGCUUUCCUGGUCUUCAGGCAUCUCAUUGAACAGGAUGUGUUCCCAUCAGACUGGAUGGUUUUACGUGUCCAAAGCUGCAAAGUACUGCUAUCGGCGUUGCAAGAUUUGGCUAAACCAUUGCUGGAAAGGUUCAUGGGGGAGGAACCUCCACAAUUCGACACACAGCUGUGGUCGGGUUACCUGGAGCUGGGUGUGGCGCUGGUUACGUGUCGUGCGCUGCAAUGGGAACGGUGCGACGGCAGGGGGCCCGACCGGCCGCGGAUGCGGGCCGCCGCCGGCCUCCAAGUGCUGGCCGUGUGGAGUCGUCUCGGGCCGGCGCAGCUGCACCUGAUCGGCGUGGCGGUGGGCGCGCUGCUCGAGGUGACGCUGGUGGCGGCGCUGCGGCGCGCGGCGCUCGGUGCUCUGGUGGCGCUGAUGGCGGCCGAGCGCGCGGCCACCGGCUCCGCGCGGCGCACCGAGGCGGCGCUCGUCGACAAGCUCGACUCGCUGGUGGCCGACAACAAGGCGGACGAGCACUACCGCCGCCUCUUCGACACCGUGCUGAUGGAGCGCGUGUCGACGGAGGGGUGGCGCGAGGCGGGCGCCGCGUUCGUGGGCUGCGUGACGCGGCUGCUGGAGCGGCUGCUCGACUACCGCGCCGUCAUGCAGGGCGCCGAGCACCGCGACAAGCGCAUGGCCGCCACCGUCAACCUGCUAAAUUUCUACAAAAAUGAGAUAGAUCGCAAAGAAAUGUACCUGCGAUAUGUUUAUAAACUGCACGAUCUUCAUAUAGCAUCGGAUAACUUUGUAGAAGCCGGAUGCACGCUGUUGCUUUACGCGGAGACUCUAAGUUGGGAAAGUGAUCAGAUUGGCGUCGAUCCGGAACACCCCGAAGUUGCGGAAUGGAAACGAAAAGAAGCGCUUUACAACCAAGUUCUCGAAUAUUUUGACCGCGGAAAGUGCUGGGAGAAGGGCCUGCCGCUGCUGCGCGAGCUCGGCGCCCUGUACGAGUCGCAGUGCGACUACGCGCGGCUGGCGCACGUGCUGAGGCGCCACGCGGCCUUCCUCGACUCGGCGCUGGCCCAGCUGCGCCCCGAGCCGGAGUACUUCCGCGUCGGCUUCUACGGCAAGGGCUGCCCGCUCUUCGUGCGGAACAAGCAGUUCGUGUACCGCGGCCUGGACUACGAGCGCAUCGGCGCGUUCACUCAGCGCCUGCAAGCGGAGUACGUGGCGGCUCACAUCCUCAUGAGGAACACGCCGCCCGACGACUCCAUCAUCGCCGCGGAGGGACAAUACAUCCAGAUCUGCAACGUGAAGCCGGUGGGCGCGAGGCGCGCGUGGCCCGCCGGCGCGGCGGAGGCGGUGCGCCGCUACUACGCCUGCAACGACGUGGACACGUUCCUCUGCGACCGGCCGCUGCACAAGCCGCCCAUCGACAAGGACAACGAGUUCAAGAGCCUUUGGAUUGAACGAACGACGCUAGUAACGGAAAACACGCUGCCCGGAAUCCUGAGGUGGUCGGAGGUGAUCUCGAGAUCUGUAGAAGAAAUACCACCGGUUGAGUUCGCGUGCGAGACGAUGGAGGCGACGGAGCGCGAGCUGCGCGGCCUGAUCGCGCAGUACACGGCGGAGCCGGGGCAGAACGUGAGCCCGCUGUCGAUGCGGCUGCAGGGCACCAUAGACGCGAACGUGCAGGGCGGCAUCAGCAAGUACGAGCAGGCGUUCCUCGGCGCGGAGUUCGCGCGCUCGGCGGCGCCGCGCGAGCUGGCGGCCGCCGCCCGGCUGCGCCGCCUCGUCGCCUCGCAGCUGGCCGUGGUCGAGGCGGGCCUCGCGCUGCACGCGCGCCUCGCACCCGACGAGGUCAAGCCGCUGCACAGGCGUUUGGUUGAGCGGUUUAAUCAACUGAGACAAAGUCUGGGACCAGGAUUAGCGCGCGCCAGAAGGCAGCUAUCCGAAAGCAUCGUCAAUACACCACUACCUCCAGUGCCGGCGUUAGACAAACGAUCUCAAAGCAUACAACAGAGCGACAAUUACUAUGAAGAAGGACAUCUCUACAAUAAACCGAUUUACACUCUGGAGGAGUCGGAGCAGCAAAGCGUGGCGGCCAGCGAGGGGCCGGAGGGGCCGGCCAAGGGCGCCCCGCCCCUGCCCAGCAGGCCGCGCUCCGGAGACCCGCGGAGCCCCACGAAGCCCCCACCCGACAACAGCCGCGAUUCCCUCGAGGAGGAGGUGGAGACGCGCCGCCACAGCCGCGCCUCCUGGAGCGAGCCCGGAGACGCGCCCCCUCUGCCGCCCAGGGUGUCAGGCGAGAAGCGCUCGUGGGGCGAGGCGCCCGCGGUGCCGCGUCGCUCCGCGCGCAGCGAGCCAGGCGACGAGCGCGACUCGGGCGUGAGCGUGGACGCGCACGCGUACUCCAACGCCGACGACCACCGGCCGCACCACGACGAGCUGGAGCUGACCGUGGAGUCGCUGCGCUACGAGGAGAUGAUCUCGAUGAUGUCGGAGCCGCUGCGCGUGGAGGAGGCGGAGUCGCCGCCGCCCAUCCCGCCCAAGGGGCUGGGCCACCUGGGCAGCUUCGACUCGGGCCACCACGAGAACGCCGAGUCGCACUGC